AGUACCCCCCCCCUGCCCUGGAUGUUGGGGACAGGAAGAAGAAACUCUGUGAUGUGGUGUGAAGAAAGGAAGCUGUGAGAGGACUGGGCUAGAUCGGAGUUGGACGGUGGAGGUAGUGGCAACCAGUUGCUUCCUGGGAGGCCCCGGGGUAGCAAGGUGGACAAGGUUGCUCCCUCUUGUGCUCUACAUCUCUACAGACAGUGAAACGAUGGUGUAAAUCUACAGCAAGCAACUGGUAGUGUGGAAAAGUGAAGUGAGUUUUUCCUUAGAACGCCAAGGAUGUCGGCUCUGCGAGUGAGGAUUCUUGAGAGGAAACACUCGCGCUGAGUGAGGUUCGCAGGAAAAGGGAUUUUCGCCCCGACCAUCACCAGACUCUGACACACAUUUUCCAGCGAUAAUCGAGUUUUGUGAGUGUGCGCUACCAUGUGCGCUGAGGUUGCGAGAAAAAUUAAAUAAAAAAGGGAAAGUGUUUAUUUUUAGAAGCCCACCUUCGUCGCUCUCACUCACUCAGCGAAAGGCCUGUCCUGGCAGGAAAUUUGAUUUCACAAGAGUAACAAUUUGAAGCGCGCGCUUCACCUGGGCAUCCAACGCUACAUUCAACGGGAAAAUGUGUCGUUUUUCUGUGUGUGUUACACGGGCAAAACGAACUGAAUAUUUAAAUUGAGCGAGCGCCGGAAAGGUACAGUGUACAAACAGGAACCGAGUUUUUGUGAAAAGAGAUACUUACAAAAGGUGAACAAAAAAGAAGAAGAAUAACUCAGAGGAGGGCACAAAGUUGCUCCUCCGCUUCCGGCGGGACGCCACCCAACAUUAAGCUAGGCUGAGCUUUUCUCCCGACACAACCACCACCACCACCCCCCGAACAAACAAUCAGCGGAAAGAAAAAAGUUUUGUAACGAAGUGUAUUUUUUCGUCGUCUGUGAGUGACAAAGUAACUUUCGAGAGGAUCAAAAUCUGCGCGCACACACAUACUAGCAAACGUAGGACAAAGCAAGAGAGAGGGAGAGAGGCUAGCGUGCGAAAGAGAGAGAACAAUAGCGCCUAAGCAAGAGUGAAGAAGAGAGAAGGAGCGUGGCGCGCGUGGGCCAAGAGAGUCGCUCUCUCGUUUGUCGUGAUCUUAACUUAGAAUCAAGUAUACCACCACCACCAACACCACCAAAAAAAAAAAACCAUCACUACUACCACUCUCUUUUGCACUCUUGUACUUCCGGUUCGGCGUACCCCACCCGGAACCGAACCCGCCCCGGCCGUAGAACAUGAAACAUGGCAAAACUGCGUCAUUACAGUCUCGACUCUUCUCGCAAGCGCAAAGUUCACUUACUGCAACUGCACAGACACAGUUUGGCCACCAGUUACACCAAGACCAUGACGGCGAUAUGCUUCGUCUGCAACCUGCCCAUCAUGUCGCACCAGGUGGGACUGGUCUGGCAGGGUGGCAACGGCUGGGACGAUCUCGUGCGCGAACAGGUCGAGGAAUCCACCGUACGGCAACGACUCGGUGGACGAAGGGACUCAGCUGCUCAAAUCAGUGGGGCUACCCCUCCUAGUACCUCACCGCCACCCGGCGCCCAACGCCGCCGCCGGAGUUCGCUGGCCCAGCUGACCGACAUCCUGCGCGAGUGGAGCGGCGGUGGCUCCAAACGGCAAAAGGCUCCGCUCAACCGGCGCGAAACCCUAGCUGACCUGGCGCGCAGCCUGCCCUGGAGCAAGGCCACCACUAGUGAUACCUACAACAAUAAUAACAAUAACAACAGCAACAACAACAACAACAGCAAUAACAGUGGCCAUGCGCCUCCACUGCGCAAACGGCGCGAGUCGAGCGCGGAUUCCGGCGUCAAGAGCAUGUCCUGCCGGAAGGACUCGUACGUGGCCGACUUCCGGGACUACCGGGAGCGGGAGAGGGAACGGGACCGCGAGCGGGAGCGGGAGCGCGAAAGGGAUCGCGAAGAGUACAACAACUACAACGCGGACAACUAUCGAGAUGGGUCGCGUCGUAACUCGAGUGAGUCGAACCGGGAUCGGUCAUCGCGGCGAGAUUCGAUCAUUGGCGGGACGGCCACUCCGCCUAUGCUACCGAAGGUCGUUAGUACGCAGCGAAAGCAACAGCAAUCCGGUCGCAAAGACUCCCUGGUGGUCAUCGAAAUGCCCAACUUCCGGCAGGAACAGCGUCCCUCAACCAGCUCGACGGCGUCCGACUCAGGCCCGCUGUACGUGGUGGCCAUCGCCGCCCAGCAGGUGGAUUCCGCCUGUCAGUCCAUCAUGCCACCGACCAUUAUUACCAGCUCGGUAACGCCCCCGGCCACCAGUCCCACGGCGCAAAAGGGCCGCCGCGACUCGACGACUCAGUGCGGGACCAAAAUGUCCCGCCGUGAUUCCCGUGUAAGUCCUGAACGUGCCCAGCGGCUUUCGAAGCUGCAAAGACAAGCCACUACCUACGACGAGAGUUGUCUGCCGCCCGGAGGAUGGAGCCGCCGGAGCUCGCAGCCGGCGCUCAGCCCCGACGGGGAGGGCCCCGAGCGACAGGCCCGCCGGGACAGCCUUAGCCCGGACAGUGCGUCCAGAGGUCGUCGCGACUCUCGGUCGCACCUGUCCCCGGAUCGGAGCCACGAGCGCGAAGGUUCUCCCCGCCGGAGCCGACGCCUCCGCCGCCAGUCCUCGUCCGCUGCUCGACAGCCGCGCUCACCCGAAUCGAGCAGUUGCUGUUCAUCCAGAGAUGCCAGUCCGUGUGCGAGGCCACCGCCCCUGCCCGUGGAGAACGUGACCCGGCCCUCGAUUCGGCGCCAGUCGACGACGGAGGAGAUCCUGAUAGCGAGAGGUUUCCGCCGUCAGAGCACCACCGAGGAGAUGAUACGCUGCCGGAACUUUCGCCGCCAAAGCUCGCAGAGUGACGACACCUCUCGCUACCGCGGCCGCCGAGACUCGUGCGCCCAGAUCAUCGACGGCACCGUUAGUACAAUGACUGUGGAAACCACUAGUACGUUUUUUGAUUCUAGUACUCAAACAGAACCAUCCCCACAGUAUGAGAACAACCACUACCACGAGGAAUGUUUGAGGUGCAACUCAUGCGGGCUCAACCUAACCGGCGUCAACCAGAAGCGAGCGAGACGAUUCAAGAACCAAAUCCUGUGCGAUCUGCACUUUGCCGACGUCGCCCUGAUGGAGUGUUCGGACUUUAUGCAGCAGCUGCGCAGCUUUAAGCCCCAGUCGCUGGGCUGUGCCGUGGCCCGGCGGAAAAGCUCCACCACGCUGAUCUUUCCGUUGCCCCCGCAGGCGUGCUCAGACGAGUUCUGCGAGGACUACCCGCACAACCUGAUUCCGACGCCCGGCUACUGGAUCGAGUGCUCCCGGCAGAAGAUCGCCUUUGCCAACCAGCACACCAUAUGGGACGACAGCGAGUCGGAGCACGAGGACGCGGCCCGGGGCGGCAUCGAUCCGCCGCUGGAGCGCAACUGCAGCGACCUGUACGAGGACGACGAGGACUCGGACAAUGUGCCAAGUCAGCGUUUCCGCAGGAAAAAGACCGCCAUCGAGGAGCAGUGGGAGCAGCAGCAAGGUUUCGAACUUACCUCCGUCGAGCAGGAAACGUACGAGAAGUACUUUUACGGGUCCGAGCACUGGAACUACUUCACCAACGACGAGGACCUCGGCCCGGUCAUCCUGUCGAUCAAGCAGGAGACGAUCAACGGGCGCGAUCAAUUCCGGAUACUAGUUAGAGCUAUUUCGUACACCGUACAUGGACUGAUACCAGCCUCUUGUGUUUUUGCUGAUAGGUAUAAUAGAGAAGAAGUAGUUAGAUCGUUAGGUAAGGAAGUAAACUUGAAUCCACCUCUGACGCUGGGCCAGUUGCCAGACACUCCGGAGGAGCUUCUGAAACUCGAUCAGGUUUUCAUAAAAUCUGAGCUGAAGGUGGGCGUGAUCUACGUGAAGGAGGGUCAAUAUAGCGAAGAACAAAUUUUAGACAAUAAUGAAAAUUCACCGUUAUUUGAGGAAUUUUUACAGCUACUAGGUGAUAAAGUUAGGUUACGUGGUUUUGAUAAAUACAAAGGCGGCCUUGACACUGUUCACGAUUUAACAGGACUUUACUCCGUUUAUACAAACUGGCGUUCGAUAGAGAUUAUGUUUCACGUGUCCACGCAGUUGCCGUACGAGCGGCACGACCCCCAGAAGCUGCAGCGGAAGCGCCACAUCGGCAACGACAUCGUCUGCGUGGUGUUCCUCGAGGCGGACAACACCACCUUCAGCCCGGCCUGCAUCAAGAGCCAUUUUUUACACACGUUCAUCCUGGUUCGCGUGUCAGCCCGGAUCAAGCGGAAACCGACCCGGUACGAGGUGUCGGUGGUGACGCGGGACGAAGUUGGUGCCUACAAACCGUACCUCUGGGAGCAAUCGGUGUUUGAGAAGGGUCCGAUGUUCAGAGAAUGGCUGCUGACGAAGAUCGUGAACGGUGAGCGGGCGUCCUACUCGGCGCCCAAGUUCGCCCGGAUGCAGGAACGCACCCGGUCCCAGAUGCUCGAGGACAUCGUGGCCAACCUGGCCAACCACGCCGAAACCGGACAGAUCCCCAAACCAUACCGAAGGGGUUCGUGGCGACCCAUCGGUGAGGAUCCUUGCAUGUUACGAGUGACAGUUAGUUGCUGUAUGCGACUGUAUGUGGCGCAUAGACACAUGAGGCCUUCUUCACCGCUGCUAGACUCGGUUAGAGAUCAGUUCGAGGACUACGAUCAAUUAGCGAAAGAUUUUACCCGCGUAUUUUUAAACUCGGAACCGUCGUGUCUUCAGAACGCCCAGCUGUUCGACGUGGUGUUCCUGGUGGGCCAGCAGUCGAAGCAGCGGGCCCGCUUCAUCGGCGUCCGGGCCAUCCUGGGCGUGCGAAGCCGGGUCUUUCAGGAAAUGCUGUACGGCAUCCAGACCGGCUUCGGAUCACCCCAGGUGCCGGUGGCGGAGCUGCUGGCCCGGCCCGCCCCCACGCUGCUCUCGCCGCAGAACCAGCGGCCCAAGAGUAGCAACUUCCUGCAGGUGCCGGACAUCGAAUCGCCCCGGCCCAAGAGCGUUCCGUCGUCACCGAUGGUGAAGCGGGCUUUUUCGCGGCUGGGAACGAUAACGGCCGGCUGGGGACGGUCGAUCCGAAAGCAGCAGUCCCAGCUGAACGCGGAGGACAAGAAGAAGUGGGCCUCGUCGCAGGACUGUUCAGACAAGGACGGCAAGGAGAGCAGUUCCAAGAGCAAGGCGAACGCCGGCCAGCUGGCCGUCCCGAGACUGUCGGUGUGCGCCGACGCGCAGAAGGUGGACCGGGCGAAGCUCGCCCAGACCGAGUUUACGAUCAUCGAGUUCGACCCGGAAACGUUCCGGGUGCUGCUGGACUACCUGCACACCGGCAGUUGCCCGCUGACCUGCAUAUCGAUUCCCGGUCUGAUCUGCGCUGCCGAGCACUACGACCUGCCGGAGCUGCUGCAGGCCUGCUUCCACCACGCCAAGCAGUUCCUCCGGAUAGACGUGGUCUGUCCGAUGCUGACCGCGCUCGAGAACUACUACUGGCGGUACACGUCGGCGUCCGAGCUGGUCAACAUGAUACUGGCGUUCGUGGAGACCCGCGCGUACGCCCUCUUCCAGACGGCGGACUUUCUGACGCUCAGCGAGAGCAUGGUACAGAUGAUGAUGUGCCGGAACCUGGAGAUUCCGGAGGUGCGCAAGUUCGAGGCGAUGCUGGCGUGGGCCAAGCACAAGGUAAAAUCGAAAGCAUCGGCCAAGACGGACGCCAAGGUGGAGUUCCGGUGUACGAUGGAGCGGUUGGCGCGCGAUCUCAAGCUGCACCGGAUCUCGCCGCAGGAGCUCAUCAAGAUCGUGCUCCCGUCCAAGGCGAUCAAGAACGAGCGCAUCCUGGAGACGCUGAUGUACCAGGCCAACAGUGGCAUGUACCGCAUCCAGGACAGCUACUUGGAGGCGUGCCAGCAGAGGCUCCAAAAGCAGGACUCCCGCUACAGCGAGUGGGGCGAAAGCUUCGACUGCGGCUUAUAGGACGAGGAUCAGCUGUAGUGAAGCAGCUGAUCCUCAACCUACUCCUCCUCCGGCAGCAGCGGUAGCCCCAAAUUCACACCCAAAACCAAGACGACUCGAACAACUACGACGACGACGACGACGACAACCUUGUUGUUAUGUGUUUACCAUGUGUUCUAGACAGAUUCUAUUGUAGAGAGGCGGUGAGAGGCAAGGUGAAUUGUUGUUCCUUUCCGUUAGAUGUGUACGGCGGAGCUGGUCCGCAACCUGUUAUCGCAAAUCGUGUGGCAAAUCAAGUGUUUUGGAUGAGACCCAUCCUGUUCAGUAGUUUACGGUAGUCGACAACAAACCUAGCUGCGCUGUUGCGUUCAUCAAACUUUUCUGUUUCACGCUGCUACCUUGUGUUUUAAAGAGAAAGAUAUAUACAUUAUACAUAUUUGCGCCAAUACGAGUUAAGCGAUGCAAUGAUGCAAAUUCUGUUCCUCAUCCGGUGGAUAUUUUCGUUGAGCGAUGGAAGCAGAACAAACAAACAAAAAAAAACAAAGGGAGAAACGUAUAACAAAACAAACUUUCUGCAUGGCUGUUGAUUAUAUUGUAAUAAACUAAUACUAGCGAGUAAGUAUCUAAGAUGGUGCGGGGUAACCGUAGCAUUCACAACCGUCGCCACGUUCGAAUAAGAAGCAUUCUAGACGUACCUUCAUCAUUCAAUAGCCAAACAUGCAAACGGCGUUUUGGCGCUGAGAACAAGUCGGUGAGAUGGGAACAAAGUCAUGAAAAAAAAAACUGUCUGUUACUGGGCUAACAAUUUUUUUUUAUUUCUUUCAAUAUAUUAUUCAAGCUUUUACGAUUUUUAUAUGACGUGUUCCUGUCCAUUUUGACUUAGAUGAAAUAUUUCACCCAUCAUUCACCACUUUUAUUUUUUCGACUCUCCCCGCAAACGUCAAACCAAAGUGGCUGACGGAGUUGCAUUGUUAAAGUUACUAUUUUGCAAGGUUGUUAACGAUAAAAUUAUUGAGGCUCGAUAACGAUAGUUCUACCGUUAUCGUUAUUUCGAUAAUUCUAUCGGCGAUAAUCUUAUCGCCGAUAAUGGACAAUAACUCAUUUUUAAAAUCUGUCUAAAAUCAAUUAAUUCAACCAUAUCAUGUUAAAUUUGAUUGUUUUCACUAAGAACAUAUUUUUUAUAAUCUUUUAAGUUUCAAAGUAAAAUAUGUACUUAAAAUUGUUCACAAAAUACCGUAUUUUUUCGAAAGUUAUCAAAUUUUCAAAAUAUUCAAUAUGGGUUUAAAGCGGAGUGAAAUUUGUUUGCUUUUUCGGAAUACCUAAUAUAGUUUUUUUUUUUUUUGAAAAUAUAGAAUUUUCUCAAAUUAUCGUAUAUUUUCGAAAAAUACUCAAAUUAUUAAAAUGUGCAUUAUGUUGAUACACGAAGCGAAAUUUGGUUUUUUUCACAUUAAUGUAGUUUUUUUUUGUUUGUUGAAAAUACAAAAAUUUUGACAAAAUACCGUAUUUUUUCAAAAAUACUCAAAUUUUAAAAAUAUACAAUAUGGGUAUCAAAUGAAACGAAAUUUUGUAUGGAUAAGUUCAGUGCUUCUGGGGACGCGCAGUCCUGUUUUUUUUUUAGCGAUAAUUUUCGUCUCUUUUGUGUGGCUGUUUGUGUGCAUGGGGUGAUUGGUCAGUAUAAUUGAAUAAUGCCGUCAUAAGUUCAGUGCUUCUGGGGACGCGCAGUCCUGUUUUUUUUUUCGCGAUAAUUUUCGUCUCUUUUGUGUGGCUGUUUGUGUGUAAUGUUCCGUCAGUGCAAGCGGGUGGUUGUGUUUGUGUGCAAAGUGCCCUUUCUUCAUCAUCGCUGGUUGGAAGGCAAUUUGACGGUUGAGUUCGUUAGUUUUAUCGCGUAAAAUAAUAUUUUGAUUCAUCAAGAACGUUGUGUGGUGUGCGAGUCUUUUUUUUUUGUGUUGAAAAGACCUUCCCAUAGCUCCGUAGCUCGGAGGGCUCGACGUCGGUUGUUUGUGUGUUAAGCCCUCUCCAUAGCAUCGUAGCUCGAGAGGCAACGAUAAUCAAUACCUCAUCUAGCUAACAGAAAGAAGAUCGGAAGGCACUUGAUGGUUGAGUUCGUCGCGUCGUUUCCGUAAUAAAUUUAUGAAUUAAAUGGUUAUAUGAUUAAAAAUCAGACUACGCUAUCAUUGCAGCAUUGCGUUUAACACCUCAUUCUAUAAAUAAACAUUAUUUGGCUUUAUCUUUCCACAGCCGGCUGUCUAAGAUUAAACCAUUUCAUUUAAAAUUUAACAACAGUUAAACGGAAAAUGUCUCAUCCGCAGCAUCCGAUUGUUUGCCUUGAGAAUAAUAAAUAAAACCUUUCAACAAACACUAUGAUUUUGGGUCGCAUCAUCAUCUUCUAUGAUGAAUCCUGACCAAACACCCUAUCCUACUAACAAGUUUUCAGGUUCCUGGCGCUCGUGGGGUGUAAGCACAGAGUAAAUCAGCUGCCCUAGUAGCAACCUGCGCUAACUAACAUUCCCGUCCCUUAAAAUCGAGGUCUACAAACUGACAUGGCGGGCGCCGUUGGUGGCCAAUGACUGUUACCUAUUCGCAACUGAUCUAGCUUUAGCAAUCAUGGUGUUUUAUCUUUUCAGCGCAUUCAUACAUGCUGUUGAUAAGAGAAACACCACUAGAUCGUCGAAGCCUAUAAUCAGUAGUGCUGAAAGGAUAUUACGGUUCUGUUCAGCAACGGAGGGGCAACCAUGGGUGAUCUCUCAUGCUCAUGCUCAUGCUCAAAUGAAACGAAAUUUUGUAUGCUUUUUCACUUUAUUGGAGUUUUUUUGGAAAAUACUAAAAUUAUCACAAAUAACCUAUUGUUUAAAAAAAUACUCAUUAAAAAAAAUAAAAUAAAAAUCACAAAAUACGGUGUUGUUUCGAAAGAACUCAAAUUUACAAAAUAUGCAAUAUGGGUAUCAAACGAAGCGAAAUUUUUUAUGCUGUUUCACUUGAUUCAAGCCUUUUUUGUAAAAUACUAAAUUUUUCACAAAUGCCGUAUUUUAUCGAAUAUACUAAUUUUUUAAAUAUGCAAUAUGGGUAUCAAACUACGCAAGACGUUGUAUGAUACUAAGCAUACACAAUUUGAAUGUUUGUAUGAAGCAUGCAAAAUUUCACUUCGUUUGAUACCCAUAUUGCAUUUUAAGAAAAAUUGAGUAUUUUUGAAAAAAUACGGUGGUUUGUGCUAUUUCUUGUAACAAAAAAAAAUGUGAGUUUUGUCGAGAAAUACGGUAGUUUGUGAAUAUUUUAGGAAAUAUUUUCUUAAAAAAAACUCUAAUAACAUAAAAAAGCAUUAAAAAUUUCGGUUCGUUUGUUUGUUCGUUUGUUACCCAUAUUGCAUAUUUUUUGAAAUUAUAAGUAUUUUUGAAAAAAUAAGGUAAUUUGUGAAAAUUUUGGUAUUUAAAAAACUCUAAUAAAAUGAAAAAGCAGACGUAAUUUUAAUUCGUUUGAUACCCAUAUUGCAAAUUGUGACAAUUUGAGUAUUUUCGAAAAAUACGGUAAUUUGUGAAAAUUUUAGUAUUUCACAAAUAAACUUUAAUAAAGUGAAACAAACAUACAAAUUUUCCAACCAACAUUGUAGGUUUAACAACACGGCUCCGAGUUGUAUUGUUAAACUUACAGUUUUGGAGGAUUUUUUUUAAACGUUUCAUCCGUAAGUUUUCUCAUCUAUCAUGUCGGUGAAAAGUUUGGCGGGGAUUGACACUUCUUCGCCAAUAGGAGCGGUCGUGGCUGAAUGGUUACGAUGUUCGCUUUAUAAGCGAAUGGUUCUGGGUUCGAUACCCAUCUGCUCCCAACGAGAAAGUCUGGACUCAUUAAAUUUGGAAUUAAUGGAAAAUCACGAAAAAAGCUCACGGCGGGGUUCGAUCCCCUGUCCUUAGGAUUGGCAAGCAAAAUGCUUUCCACUUAACCGUGGAGCAUUGGUAGCUUGAUGAGGAAUUAGACUGGUAUAGUUGAAUCCAAGAAUCGGACAAAAGAAUCAAAAUUGAAUGCAAGUUGAACAUCAGAACUCAAACAAGAUUGCAUGCAAGAUUGCAAGCGCAGUUGAAAUUGAAUCUAAAAAUACCUCGCUAUAAAUAGCCUGGGCGACUGAUAGAAUUCAUCCAAUAAGAGAUGAGAAGAAUUGAAAGCUUUCCCAUUAGAAAUAAGAACACACGAAGAAUUCGAACAACAAUGCAAACGGUCGUUACCACUCGCCUAGGGUGGCUCCUCAGACCAUUCACCUUCCCAAAAAACCGUCCAACUCCAAGCGAAACUUACUUGAGGAUACCGUUGAGAUUUUCCCUUAAUACUCUGAAAAAAGUGGAGCAUCAACACUUCCCGUCUUCCAAAUCCCCUACCCUUGUCCCUGGUGCGCGGUGGAGAUGGGAGCGGCCGGCAAUGGACGGCUGCCAUGGUAGUGAGAAUCUGGUUCAGGUGGAAUUGGUUCUAUUCCCAAUUAUCGAUUCCUAGGCAACUUGGGCUUAGACAAUCAUCACAUCACAUGGCGAAAAUCCAGUCUGCAAUCCGCUAAAAUCACCGUCUCCUAGCGAAGCGAAGCGAAGCGAUUGACACUUCUUCGCCAAUAGUCUGGCUGACAUGUGCCAUUGAAUUUGUGCGGUGAAAUGUUUCCAAAAAAAAUCACUGAAAUUGUAGGUUUAACAAUCCAACUCUGACAAUGUAUUUUUGACGUUUAAAUGCCGUUAAUUUCUAACACAAUAAAAAACUGCCUGGCUGACUUUAAGGUGGAAAUACAUUUUUUUCAACUUCCUUUUUGGCAGUUCGUUUAAAAAGAUUUUGCUCCAAUCUCACCGAACAAUUCUACAGCGCAGAACCUCCACACAACGAUACACACAAACAAAUAUGCCAAGGUUUCUGCUCUCUUUCAUAACUUGCAUCCGUGAAAAUCGAACCACACACACACACACACACACACACACACACACACACACACAC